UCGUGCACCUCCCUCCUCACACAGCUUCACAACAAUUGCGUCUCUUUCCCUAAUCCUGUAACUCACCAACUCAAUUCACGUGGGACUCAAUUCAGCUCACACCGGCUACCAUUUUUCCCGCUGAUUCGGUUCUUCUUUUCCGGGAAUUCUGAGCCUUUGAAGCAUCCCCACUGCGCAAUCGACUGUUCCGAGGGUUUUAAGCGCUUCAAGAAGCAACCUUUAUUCAAGGAAGCUGAUCUCUUGAGCUAAUUAGGAAGUGGAAUUUGGGGGCUGAUUUGUAAUCGCGAUGAGUGAUGAGGAUGAUAACACCAUGUCCUUAAAUGAGGAAAAGUUUCCUAAUCAAAAUGUCAGUUAUCCUCAAAAUGAUGGAAAAUCAUAUAUUGAUUUGGAGGAGGAGGAUGAUGACGAUGAUGAUGGAUCGGAUGGUGUUCUGAGGAUAGGUAUAGAUGAUUAUGGAGGUGAUGGCGACACCACGGAUGAUGAUGAUGACGAGCCCGGUGAUCCUCAGAGGCUCCCGAAGAAGAGGAAGCUGAAAACCCUGCUGUCGAGCUAUGAGUUUGCGCGUCGGAUCCCAGCCUCACCCUCACCGCCGGUGCCAAAGCCAUCGUAUGGCGGGCGGAACCCUCUCCUGGAUUGGACUGAGCGCGAGACCUCUGUCUUACUCGAUGCUUGGGGCGAGAGGUAUCUGAAGCGAGGGAGGAAGAGCCUGCGUUCUGAAGAGUGGCAGGAGGUCUCAGAGAAGGUGUCCCAGGGGUCGCAGAUUGAGAGAACCGACACUCAGUGUCGGAACCGAUUGGACACGUUGAAGAAGAAGUACAAGAAGGAGAAGGCCAAGCUGGGGGAGAACAACGGGAUUGUGGCUUGUAAGUGGAUUUACUUCACCAAGAUGGACGGGCUCUUGUCGUCUCCCAUGCCGCAGGCAGGCCUGUCGGGAGGGAUGGAUGUGUUCACGAGCCCCAAGGCUUAUCUGAACCAGCCGAAUGGGGUGAACGAGGCGCGGGACAGCCCAGUAGACUCGGGUGGGGAUGGAGAAGGCGAAUCUGAGGGCCUCCCGCCAAAGAGGGGAAGCAAUGGGGUGUUUAAAAUGCUGGCUGACUCGAUCCACAAGUUCAGCGAGAUAUACCAGAAGAUCGAGCUGAGCAAGCGACAGCAAAUGGUGGAGCUGGAGAAGAUGAGAAUGGACUUCCAUAGAGACAUGGACCUUCAGAAGAGGCAGAUUCUUGAAAAGGCUCAAGCUGACAUUGAAAAGAUUUGGCAUGGAGACGACGAGGAUAACGACGCUUCGCCUGAGAAUGUAAGUGGCUGAAAGGUUCUUGGAGAUGAAAUGGUAUGAAAGUAAAACAAUCAAGAUUGGUCUCUCUACCAUUACUGUUUAUUAGCUGUCUCUAAAUGUGGCAGUGUUUUUAUUUACUCUUUUUAUAUGGUCAAAUUAUACUGGGAUCUGUUUCAAGAUUCAUACUAACAUAAUAAACUUUUAUGUUGUGACUUGAUUUUGGAGACCUUUUGUUUUGAAAUAAGUUUUUGAAGCUUGCUUCUUUCAUGAUUA